AUGAGCUCUCCCAUCAGCAAGAGUCGCUCCCUCGCCGCCUUCCUGCGGCAGCUGCGCGGUCUCAGGCAGCCCCCCAGAUCCGUGACAUCCACGGCGUGCGCGUCCCAGGAGCCCUCCGAGCUGCCCGAGGUGCCCGUCUGCCCUCUGCGUGCAUGUGGCGAGACGCAAAACGCGGCCGCCCUGCCCGGCCCCACCAACUGGCCACUGCUAGGCAGCCUGCUGGAGAUUCUCUGGAAAGGAGGGCUCAAGAAACAGCACGACACCCUGGUUGAGUACCACAGGAAAUACGGCAAGAUUUUCCGCAUGAAGUUGGGUUCCUUCGACUCGGUGCAUCUGGGCUCGCCGUGCCUGCUGGAAGCGCUGUACCGCGCCGAGAGUGCGUACCCACAGCGCCUAGAGAUCAAGCCCUGGAAGGCCUACCGCGACUACCGCCAGGAGGGCUACGGACUGCUGAUCCUGGAAGGCAAAGACUGGCAGCGCGUGCGGAGUGCCUUUCAGAAGAAACUAAUGAAACCCGUGGAAAUCAUGCAGCUAGACAGCAAAAUCAACGAGGUUUUGGCUGAUUUUAUGGGUAGAAUAGAUGAACUCCGUGAUGAAGGAGGCCACAUUGAAGACCUAUAUAGUGAACUGAACAAGUGGUCAUUUGAAAGUAUCUGCCUCGUGUUGUAUGAGAAGAGAUUUGGGCUCCUUCGGAAGAAUGCAGCAGAGGAUGCCUUGAACUUCAUUGCUGCCAUCAAAACAAUGAUGAGCACGUUCGGGAAGAUGAUGGUCACUCCUGUUGAGCUGCACCGGAGUCUCAAGACCAAGGUGUGGCAGGCUCACACUCUGGCCUGGGACACCAUCUUCAGUACAGUCAAGGCUUGUGUUGACAAGCGGCUGGAGAAGAACUCCCAGGAGCCCAGGGCAGACUUCCUUUGUGACAUCUACCACCACGGUCAGCUUUCCAAGAAAGAACUUUAUGCCGCUGUCACAGAGCUCCAGCUGGCCGCCGUGGAGACAACAGCAAACAGCUUACUGUGGGCCCUCUACAAUUUAUCUCGCAAUCCUCAAGUCCAACAAAAGCUUCUACAGGAAAUUCAGAAUGUACUGCCUGAUUGUCGGGUGCCACGAGCAGAGGACUUGAGGAAUAUGUCCUACUUAAAAGCCUGCCUCAAAGAAUCCAUGAGGCUGACCCCCAGUGUGCCAUUUACAACUCGGACUCUUGACAAGGAUACGAUUCUGGGUGAAUAUGCUUUCCCCAAAGGAACAGUGUUGAUGCUGAACACCCAGGUGUUAGGGUGCAGUGAAGACAACUUUGAAGAGUCACAUCAGUUCAGACCUGAGCGUUGGCUUCAGGACAGGAAGAAGAUGAAUCCCUUCGCGCAUCUUCCGUUCGGUGUUGGGAAGAGAAUGUGCAUUGGCCGCAGGCUGGCCGAGCUCCAGCUGCACUUGGCACUUUGCUGGAUCAUCCGCAAGUACGCCGUUGUGGCCACAGACAACCAGCCUGUGGAGAGGCUGCACUCGGGCAUCCUGGUGCCUGGCCGGGAGCUCCCCAUCGCCUUCUGCCAGCGAUAA